GUUCAGACGCUUCCUAUUAGCUGUCAAGGGAACCAGUUAGCCGAAAUCUACCUCCUGUCGGAUAUUCUUGCAGACCUACAUGAAACUUUAGAUUUUAAAAUCUUUGUAUUGCUUCCAGUCUGCUUCUAGAAGCCUCUUCUUCGGUCUGUCGUUAUAUUUCUCUAGAGCAGCCACCAUGGGCGAGCUGGAGCUGUCCUGUCAGGCUUACGUGAAGAUGUACCUGCACGCCUGCCUGUUUCCUCGGUGCAGCAUCAACGGGCUGCUGCUGUCGUCCAGCCCGGCGGGCGGCGCUGUCUGCGUGACGGACUGCGUGCCGCUGCUUCACUCGCACCUGCCCCUGGCCCCCAUCACCCAGCUGGCCCUCACACAGGUGGACGUGUGGUGUUCACAGACUCAGCAGAGGAUAGUGGGAUACUAUCAAGCCAACGCCUGCGUAUCAGACAAUAGCCCGACGCCGUGUGCGCUGAAGAUAGCUGAUAAGAUUGCUGAGCAGUUCGACAAUGCGGUUUUAUUAAUGCUCGAUGGCAGUAAAAUGUCUCCGGAUUAUCGGGUUCCUCCCAUCGUGAUGUACGAGCGCAAAGACUCGAGGUGGAUCCUCAAAGACAAACACACGAUCAUGCUCCGGCAGUGGGAGGAGACCCGGGCCAUCGCCGGCCAGAUGCUGGAGUCGGGCGACCACUCGCUGCUGGUGGACUUUGACAGCCACUUGGACGACAUCACAAAGGACUGGACGAAUCAGAAACUGAACACCAAGAUCGCUGAGCUCUCCUCGCCGGCCAACGGGAACAUCUAGGCCCGACGAGCGGCGUCUGUUUGUACUAAUUUAUGUUCUGACCCACACGUGAUUUCUUUUUCUAACCCGACUCAUCCACGACACAGAGUUAAGGAAGACGUUUAUUUCUGCUGCUUUUUCGUCACCAAACACGGACAUACAUGCAUAAAUAACAACAUAUUUACAUCCUGGUCGAUCCCUCCAGUUCCCCAAACCCCCACCUCCCUUAAGUCUGAAGGACAAACACAAGGAAAGCUCACUCGUCUCCAAUCUGUCUUUUGAUUUGUGGUUUAGCAGAAACACCUUUAAGUGCAAAAACCCUGCAGUAAAUGUGAAUCAGUCGAAGCUCCGAAUGUUUGGUUUUUGUGCGACUGUUUGUGUAGUUUGGCAGAUUCUACCUUCAAAAUUCAUCUUUGAAUUCAGGAUCUAGAACAUCGGUGGUUCAGGAAAGUUAAGAAAAAUACACGAACGCAGCAGAACGUUUCCCUUUAGCCGUGUUAUUUAGCACCGAUAAGCAGAACCUUUAAUUCACAUUCAACACUAUAAGAGACAGCAGCGCCUCCUGUGGGCUUCUGACUGCAAGUAAAUGGAUUAAACUACACUCACGAUGUCUUCUGACAAGAACCUUCAUAAACCUCAAACGUCCUGCACUCAGCUCCGUUACAGCGUGCCAUAAACCGCUGCUUGUUAAUGCUAAAUAAGAAGGAAGACGUUUUUUUUUUAAUUCUUCUCUUGAAUUCCGCAAAAACGGCUCAAUUUCAGCGCAUCGAUUUCCACCGUUUAGUGUCUUCGUCUCUCUGCACGCUGCCUCGAGUUACUUUUAAAAAACAUUCAGAGAGGAAACGUCUACUGCAGAAACAAACCACGCAUUCAGAGCUUCGGCUGAUUCCGUUCGCCGCGGGAGCUUCGUGUUGAAAUGUGUUUCUCGCACGAGCGUAGAGUAAAACUGUGUCGACGGUCUCAGAAACACUAACCCCACGUUGGCGGCGGCGGCAGAACACUCCGGCAAGUUGAUUCCUCACAACAAACUGCACUAAAUGUCUGAGAUGAACGAAUGAAGAACGCUGGAUUUUUGUUUCCUUUCCCUUUCGUAUUCCCGACUGAGUGUGACUUUUUUUUUUUAAUCUAUUAAAAUACAACUAAAUACGUUAA